AUGUCGUCCAACGCGCUGAGAGGCCUCAGCUUCAGGCUCACACUCGCAGCUAUCUGGUGGUCGUGGUUUGCAUUAUACGCCGCUGCACGACCCGCGUGUAAUGUGCGCCAGGAGGAAGAUUCGCAUUGGGUAGCGACAUGGACGUCCAUGCCGCAGUUGGUGGAACCGAAUAAUAUGCCGCCGUCCCCGUUCUCGGGCUCGGCUGCAUUCAGAGACGCCACCCUGCGCCAAACGCUCCAUCUAUCCAUCGGCGCCGAGAGGCUUCGCUUUCAGAUCUCGAACACCUUCGGUGGCAGCGAUCUGCCCAUCACGGGAGCCUCGGUAGCCUUCCCGACCGGGGGCAAGUCUGGUGUCAACGGCAUCGACACCGCAACCCUGAGGGGCCUCACUUUCAACGGCUCUACCUCGGUCACCGUUCCUAGGGGCCAGGUUGCCUACACGGAUCCCGUCGACUUCAAAGUCGACCCCCAGUCCACUAUCACCGUCAGCCUGUACUCGCAACCCGGUCAGUCCGGGAGCAGCAUCACCGGGCACCCGGGAAGCCGGACAACGUCGUGGAUGCAGCAAGGAAACCGCGUGAACGCUUCGACGGUCACGGGGGCGAGCACCGUGCAUUGGUAUUUCCUCACUGCCGUCGAGGCCUGGGUCCCGAAGUCGACCACCGCCUUGGUGAUUCUCGGCGACAGCAUCACCGAUGGACGUGGAAGCACAGACGACGCCAACAAUAGGUGGCCCGACCUUCUCCUGGCUAGGAUGCAGGAAGAAGGGAUUACCAAUAUUGCUGUGUGCAAUCAGGCAGCAGGCGGCAACACGGUCUUGACGGGCGGGCUCGGUCCGCCCCUCAUGCAGCGCUAUAAGCGAGAUCUCCUCACCACCGCCGGCGCCAAGUACGCUCUCAUCUUCGAAGGUGUGAACGAUAUCGGUGGAGGUUCUACGGAUUCGGGAUCGCAGACGCGCAUCGGCAAUAGUCUAAUCUCGGCCUUCAAGACUAUCGCCAGCGACGCGAAGGCAGCCGGCCUGACCGUGAUCGGGGCUACCAUUACGCCGUUUGGCGGGAGCGGGCAGAGCUACAGCCACCCGACCCGGGAUCAGACGCGGCAGAGGGUGAACCAGUGGAUCAUGGGCGGGGGCGAGGGUAGUUUCGACGCGGCCGUCGACUUCGCGAAGAUUCUAGCCAACCCUUCGAACGCGGCCAACCUGGCGUCCCAGUACGACGGCGGCGACCACCUCCAUCCUAACGUCGCCGGGUACCAGGCCAUCGCUGACAAAUUCCCGCUCGGCAUCUUCGGAGCGAACGCCACCACCGCCACCACCACCACCACCACCACCACCACCACGACGUGA